UGUAAGUGGGACGGUCCAGAGUCCAGCCCAUAUCCGUACGGCCCAGCCCAGUACGAGUUGACCUACGAGCCCUCUAUCCGUGCGGCCCGGCCCGGUCUAAUUCGAGCUCACAUCUUUACGAGUCCACCAGCGCUUCCUCCAACCGCCGCGCCAUGGCCUCCCCCUCCCCUCCCGCUCCGGCCGCCGGCUCCCGCCGCCGCAGGCACACGAUCUACCACGGCCACCGCCGCGCGUCUCCGCACCGCCCCACCGUCCGCUGCGGCCUCUUCGCUGACCUCAGCGCUACCACCCCUCGACCCCUGCCCUCUCCCUCAUCCUCCACCACCACCCCCUUCCGCCUCCCCGACUGGGACCCACACUCAUCCUCCUCCUCAGCUCCCUCCCCGCCGUCUCCUUCUGCCUCUGCCACGGCCCGCCGCCUCUCCCCGCUCGCGCGCUUCCUCCUCGACGCGCUACGCCGCCACCAACGCUGGGGCCCGCCCGUCGUCGCCGACCUCUCCAAGCUCCGCCGUGUGCCGCCCACCCUCGUAGCCGAGGUCCUCAGCGCGCGGCCCCCGCCGCCGCCGCCGCUCGCGCUCCCGUUCUUCCUCUGGGCCGGCCGCCAGAAGGGCUUCCGCCACUGCUUCCCGGCCUUCCACGCCCUCGCCUCGCUGCUCUCCGCCGCAGGCCUACCCGCCGCCGCCGACCAGCUCCCCGAUCUCAUGCGCGCGCACGGCAAGCCCGUUUCGCACCCGCAGCUCACCCUCCUCGUUCGGCUCCACACGGCAGCACGCCGCCCGCUCCGCGCGCUCAACGCCCUCCGCCGCUUCCGCCACGAGUUCGACGUCCAGCCCCAGGUACACGCCUGCAACCGCGUCCUUGGCGCGCUGGCCGCCGCGGGGCAUGUCGAGGACGCACUCAAGCUGUUCGAUGAAAUGUCAGAGGGUGGUGUGCAGCCCAUGCCGGUGACAUUUGCGAUCAUGGUGCGCGUGCUGGCCCAGGCGGGGAUGACGGAGAGGCUCCUGGAGAUGAUUGGGAGGAUGCGGAAAGAGGUGUGCCGGCCUGACGUCUUUGUGUACACCACGCUGGUGAAGACAAUGGUGCGGAGGGGGUAUAUGGAUGGCUGCAUCAGGGUGUGGGAGGAGAUGGAGACGGAUGGGGUGGAGCCAGACUCAAUGGCGUAUUCUACGAUGGUUGGGGGCCUGUGCAAGGCCGGGAUGGUGGAGGAGGCAGCAGAGUUGUUCAAGGAGAUGAGGAGCAAAGGGUUGUUGGUCGACAGGAUGGUGUACGCAUCGCUCAUUGAUGGGUAUGUUGCCGCUGGGAGAGUUGGGGAUGGGUGUAGGGUGUUGAAGGAGAUGGUGGAUGCUGGCUACCGGGCUGACCUGGGAAUCUAUAACACACUCAUUGGUGGACUGUGUGGGAUAGGUUGGGAGCAUAAGGCGCAUAAGAUGUUUCAGAUUGUGCUUCAGGAGGAGCUCACGCCAAGCUCUGAGACUAUUUCACCGUUGCUAGUUUGUUAUGCUGAUAAGGGUGAAAUGGUUAUGUUUUUUGGAUUGGUCGACAAAUUGGUGGAGCUGGGCUUGCCUGCCAUCGAAUUUUUAGUGGAUUUUCUGAAGCUCUUUGCAUGCAUGGACGGUAGAGAAUUGAAGGCUGUGGAAGUCUUCGAGGAUUUGAGACGCAAACAAUAUUGUAGUGUGGGCAUUUAUAACAUUCUUAUUGAGAAUCUGCUGAAGAUCAAAGAGAGUAAAAAAGCACUUUUGCUUUUUGAAGAAAUGCAAGGUUCAGUUGACUACAAGCCGGAUUCAUGUACAUAUUGUCAUAUGAUCCCAUGUUUUGUGGACGGAGGAAAUGUCGAAGAGGCCUGCUCAUGCUAUAACUCCAUGAUGAAGGCAAAUUGGAUACCAACUAUUUCAGCCUAUUGUGCUCUUGUGAAAGGUCUUUGCAAGAUUGGGGAGGUCAAUGCAGCCAUUUCACUUGUUAAAGAUUGUCUUGGAAAUGUAGAAAAUGGGCCAACUGAAUUCAAAUACACCUUGACUAUUCUCGAAGCUUGCAGAUCAAAAAGCCCAGAGAAGGUCAUCAAAGUGGUGGAUGAGAUGAUUGACAUAGGCUGUUCAAUGGAAGAGAUAAUACAUUCUGCUAUCAUCUAUGGCUUCUGCAAGUAUGCAAGUUCAACUGAGGCAAGAAAGGUAUUCGCUAUUAUGAGAGAUCGAAAGAUUCUGUCAGAAGCCAAAUUUAUUGUGUAUGAGGACAUGCUGAAUGAGCACUUGAAGAAGGUCACCGCAGACUUGGUGAUAUCUGGAUUGAAGUUUUUCGACCUUGAAUCAAAAUUGAAAUGGAGAAGCAGAAUUGAUUGAAAAAUCUUUAUGCAGUUACUUGGUCCUAGCACUGUAUAAUUAUUGGCAGUUGUUUUUGAAGAUCCGUAUCUUGACAAGGUUGUGGGAGGGCAAAGGUCCAUUCAAUGACCCCGCAUAUUGAAGCAUUGACUAGCUAGUGGUGGACCUGACAUUGGGGACACGGAUGGAUGGGCUGAUCACAUCACCUCACUGUUGCUGAUCUGCAAAUUGCCCCUUCCCAGCACAAGUCAUCAACAAUACUAAGUAACACGUAACAGUGUGAGUCUAUAAGUUCUCUAAUAUGCAGUGAUGGCAGUGUAUGUAAAAAACUUAGCUUAUAGGUAAUGUGCAAAACAAGUUCCUGCUAGGUUUGAGGGAUUAUAAUUUAUGACCCAACCCAUGGACAAAGUAUUUUAA